CUUUGGAGAUGCUCUUAACCAAAUCCCUAAUCCACAAACUCUCCGCCCUAUCCCCGCAGAUCCAGGCUUCCAUCCGAAUCUCCUCCUCCUCUGGUGGUCCUCUGUUCUUCGCGGCGAUUUGUGACCGUCCCGCCGGCUAUCUCAACACGCGGUUGACGGUCGUCGCGGCUGGGUUGUCCAAGUGGCUGGAUAUCUAUAGUGGCGUGUUGAUGGUUAGAGUUUUGCUGAGUUGGUUCCCAAACAUCCCUUGGGAUCGCCAGCCUUUGUCUGCCAUUAGGGAUCUUUGUGAUCCGUAUCUCAAUCUCUUCAGGAACAUUAUCCCUUCCGUCUUUGACACGCUUGACGUCAGUCCUUUGCUUGCUUUUGCUGUUUUGGGAACUUUGGGUUCCAUUCUCAACAAUAGCAGAUGAUUUAAUUGUUCCAAGUUGUUACUACGAGCUUAUGGAUAUUUGGUGUUUUAUAUAUUUCUGUAGUUAUAUGCUAAUGAUAAUG